GCAGAAGUAGUACUUCACUCAUCUGUCGUUUAUUUUUCAUGGGAGUAACACAAUGGAAUGGGCAAUAAGUGUUACAACUUUAUUGUCAGUGUUAAAUGCUGCACUUUGUUUCAACAUUGAUCCUGUGGCUUGGAAGACCCUGAGGAGUGCUGCUGCUGGCUUUGGCUACCAAGUGGUCCAAAGACAAUCAGAUUUGCUCGUCAGUGCACCACUUGAACAGUAUUCACAAAAUGAAAGAGGGAAAAUAUAUAAGUGCACCACCUCCUCCCAAAACUGCCAAAACAUUGAAUUUGAAGCACCAGGUUUUGCAGUCAACAUGUCGCUUGGUUUAACAAUGAAAAGUGAUCCCACAGCACAAAACACUGUGGUGUGUGGUCCAACCAUUCCAAACGACUGCAAAAGUAUCACCAUGUACAACGGUGUGUGCUUUGAGAUGGAUCACUCUAGUACAUUUGGAACAUCCAGACCUGAUUUUAUUCAAGCGUGCCCGCCCCAAGCAGACAUUGCCUUUUUGUUGGAUGGUUCAAUCAGUGUGUCUUCUAGAGAUUUUCAAACAAUGAAGAAGUUUGUGAAAGAUCUAAUCCAGUCAUUGCUUUCAAUUGAUGCACAGUUUUCUGUUUCCCAGUUCUCUACUUCACCACAGGUUCAUUUUUACUGCACAAGAUUUUCGUCAUCUAGAUCACUGGAGACUACAAUCAAAGAAAUUAGUAAACUAGGAGGAACUACUUACACAGCGAAGGCCAUCAAACAUGUUGUGGAAAAAGUUUUCAUACCACAAAGAGGUUCCAGACCAAAUGUGAAGAAGGUCUUGAUAGUAAUUACUGAUGGGCAAUCCCAUGAUCGAAAUUAUCUGCACAGUGCAGUACAGCUAGCAGAGAGUAAAAGCAUUGUUCGAUUUGCUAUUGGGGUGGGAAAUGCAUUUACUAAAACUGAAGCAAAACGAGAACUGCACACCAUUGCAUCAUCUCCUUCAGACAAAUACGUGUUUCAAGUGAAGAACUUCAACGCACUUGAAAUAAUAAGACAGAAUCUGCGGGACAAAAUUUUCUCCAUUGAAGGAUCUCAAAGCAGUGGAGAGUCACUGAAAAUGGAAAUGUCUCAAGAGGGAUUCAGUGCAGUUUAUGUGCCUGAGGGAAUUCAGAUGUCUAUUGUUGGUGCAAACCAGUGGAAGGGAGGCUACGUGCAAUACACAACAGGAGGCCAGAAGCUGAAAACAUAUGAGGAUGUGUCUUUGGAGCCUGACAGUUAUCUUGGUUACUCCAUGGCAAUUGCUAUAACCAGAAAUGGCACACUGACAAUUGUUGGUGCUCCAAGAUAUAAACACAGAGGAGUUGUGGUCGCUGUUAACAGACAAAGCUUUGAAAACCAAAAGAUUGAGCCCUUUUCAUCACAGUAUCAGACUGGUGAAUAUUUCGGGGCAGAGGUGUGUGCCAUGGACAUAAAUAAUGAUGACAUCACUGAUCUAAUCUUCAUAUCAGCCCCAAUGUACAUGGAGCCUGAUAGAGAGGGAAGAGUUUAUGUUUGCAGCCUAACUGGUUUGUUUGUGGAUUGUAAUUUUGAUGAUCCGUUAGUACUAAGAGGACAUGCAGCUGUCAAAGGAAGGUUCGGCUCUUCUCUUGCUGUUCUGCCUGAUCUAAACUCAGAUGGAUUCAGGGAUUUGGCAGUUGGAGCACCUUUGGAGAAUAAUGGUGAAGGCAGCAUCUACAUAUUUAAUGGUGAAGGAGGAGGAAGAAUCAUUCCUACUUACUCACAGAGAAUUACUGGCUCUGAGGUCGAGUCAGGACUGAAGUUCUUUGGCCUGUCAAUCAGUCAGUCAUCUUUUGACCAGAGUGGUGAUGAACUUAUUGAUUUAGCGGUGGGUUCAAAGGGCACAGUUGUCUUACUGAGAUCAAGACCCAUAGUAAUGGUUGAAGCUGAGGUGUCAUUCAGCCCAAUCCAAAUCCCUACUCAGAAUGUAGACUGCUCAAAACCAUUGGAGAACACAGCUGAAAUCUGCUUUACUAUGAGUACAAAAUCUACAGUCAACACAGCUCAAGCGAGGAUUAAUUAUACUUUAACGCUGGAUGCCACUCGCAAACCUCCAAAAAACCGAGCUUACAUCAGUGGGAAACAACAAGAGGAGUCCGGAUCAGUUAUUAUUGACUUAAGAAGAAAAAAGUGUUCAACUGUAAAAUUUCUUAUUGAGGCCUGUCCAGAAGAUGCUCUUAAUGAACUUUCCAAUGAUCUUGAAUUUUUGUUUUAUGGGUUGCCCUCCAACACAAAUCUCAGACCAAGUCUUUCCCAGCAAGCUCAAACAACAACAAUGUAUCCAUUGGGGUUUGAGAUUAACUGCAGCACUGACAACAAAUGUGUUGAUAACCUGAAAGUGGAUUUCAACUUCACCAGAUCCUCAGAGGUUAAAGUGGGUAUUGAUGAGCUUUUGAAUGUCACAGUCACAGUGGAGAACAGAGGAGAAAACUCCUACAACAGUCGUGUUAUUCUCACAUACCCAGCUGGACUCUCCUACAGGAAGUUCACGAGUCAGCAGGGAAGAAUUGAGUGCAACUCCUUGGACAGUGAAGAUGGUUUAUCACAAGGAAGGACAGACUGCACUAUUGACAAGCCAAUUUUCAAGAGCAAAACUAAGGCUUCCUUCAUUGUCUCCUAUGAGAUUAAAACCAACUGUCAACUUGAGAGAAAGAUUUUUGUCACUGCAGAUAUCACCAGUGGAAAUCAGGAGCAUGCCCCAACAAGUGAACUCUACAAAAAGCAAUGGAUUGAUGUGAAAUACAGCAUUUUCAUGACAUUUGAAAGCUCCCUUAGCUACAACAAUUUCACAUUUGGGAUGACAUUUCAGAAACCAGUUCAACAGUCAAUCAAGGUUACAAAUGACAUCAGAGCGCUUAAUUUCACUGUGGUGAUCAGGGUUCCAGUGAAACUUGGUGAAAAAGACAUUUGGGUGGAUUUGAGCAGCCUACAGAUUUCAGACUGCCAGAGUGGAAAUGAUGAAGAACCAGGUGUCACAGAUUUUGUUCCAAAGAUACAAAAGGAUAAAGUGGUGGACUGCUCUGUAGCCAGGUGCAGAGUGUUCAAGUGCAACACAUUCACAGCAAGGCUGCAGAGUAGGAUGUACAAAAUCUCUGCCAACCUCAGUUCAGGAUGGAUAGAGCAGAUUAGACUUCAAUCUGCCAAAUUUCUCUUGACCAGCACAGCCAGUCUGGAGUAUGAUGAAACCCAGUACAUCUACUUUUCAACAGGGUCCAACAGUAAUCCUCCUGUAUACAAGAUAGAGGCAGAAGUAGAAGUGUAUCCAGAGCCAAAUUUUACCAAAGAGAUCAUUGGAGGAUCCCUGGGAGGUUUGGCCUUUCUGGCUUUACUUACUGUUGGCCUGUAUAAGGCUGGAUUUUUCAAGAGUAAAUUUAAACAGAUGAUAACUGAAAAUGUAAAAGACAGCAGCUAAUGCAGAUGCAUCCCCAGCAGAAUUACCAAAAAAGGGGUGAAACAGCUUGUUGUGUCUGAAAUCAUUCCUUCACUCACUCAUUCACUAUUACCUAUAACAUAGGUUCCUACCUGGUGGUCAUGACCCUAAAAGUUGGGUAACAAUAUAAACCUAAAAUGUCAAAGAAAGUUUAUUUUUUACAAAGUACCUUCAGAAGUGCUUUAUAGUCUUUUGCGGGAUCAUACACAUUCAUCUUAAUAUAAGAAAAAACUCCAAAUUAAGAUGUCUGAGCAGAAAAACAUAAUUGUCGAUAACUGCUUAUAUGUCACACAUUCACCUCAAGGCAAAGCAUCAUAAGUAUAUAUAGUUCCGACUCUAAAAUAAAAUGGAAAAGACUAAAUUUAGUGAACUACUGGUGAAGAAUAGAGGGAUUUUGAUCCAAUCCUGUGGUCGAUCUUUUCAAAGUGGCUGUAUAUUUUUUAGGAAUCAUAUUGCUCUUCUACAGUGUAACUUGUGUGAGUUUAAAUUUCUGCAAACAUUUCACAAUUAUUGUUUAGAAUUUUUUUGCUCGGUGAAAACAACUUUCAUGCCAUCAUGUAUUGUAAAAUAUAUGAUAUUCGGUGGAUAUAUUCAAAUACUUAGCUUGGUUAUAAAACCUUGACAAAUGUGACUUGCUUUAUUCAGAAAUAAAUUACAAGAUUUUUCAGCUUUGUCUUGUGAGUGCUAUAUGAAAAGGUAUUUCCUACAUCAAUGUUAAGUGUUAUGUCAUUUGCUGUAUGUAAACAUAAUAUUUAAUUACUGAUUCCAUAUGACUCAUUAACACAUUUUUAAUAAGAAAAACAAAAGUAUAGUGUAAUAAACAUA